GAUUGCAAAAAUAUAGGAAUACGAAAAUUUGAGUUUGAAGAAUAGCCUCAAUUCUAUUCCCUUGAAAUACAGAACUACUAUACAGGGUUACCAAUGAACAUGCCAAUAACUUGAGUAUUGAUUGCUCACCACCUGCUAGGGAAGAUCUCCGAGAAGGAGGGAGCGGAGGAGGAUUUCUCUCCGCUCUCCGGGAUACGAAAUAGAUAAAACCCCGUGGUAUCCCAGAAAGACGGUUACUCCACUCUUGCCAUGAAAUUGUACGCACUUAUCUUAUGCCUGGUUGUUCCUGCCUUUAACCUGCCCCUUGAAGCUCCUGGUGUAUACCUGGAGACAAGGUUGAACCAGGAGCAGGGUCCAAACAUCAGAUCUUUGAUGGGUUCCCUAGCCCAUCUUAUCUCCAGGGACCCGGGAUACUUUACCUCCUACAGCAUAGGUCCAGUACUACAGAAUGAGGAGGAAACCUCAGAAUUGAGAUCCUUCUUGAACUCACAACAGCAACUCCUGGAAGAGCAGUUCAAUGAGGAAGAUGAGCCGCUAUCAGCCCAUAUCAGAAACAAUAGGCCCAAGAACAGGAAAUCUGAAAGACAUCAGUUUGAGAAUAUUCGAUUAGCACUCCAAAAGACAAUGGAGAAUAUUGAACGGCCUACCCUUCUACCAGAAGAUUGGACAAACAUGAAACAUGAGAGUUCAGAGAAACUUGAAAACCAACUAGAACCUGACAGUCCUUUGGACAUCUUCUACAAGGAGGAACACAAAAACAGAAUGGUGGCCACUAAACAGUCCAGAGAUGACCAACAGCUUCUUGAAGAGUCCAGAUUGAGUCCCGGCUACUUGAAUACACCUAAGAUGAGCCGAAAGAAAAGGAACCCCCGCUGCCUACGGUCCUGUCUAAAGCGGGGAUAUCUGCAUCCAGCCCAAUGCCACAUGCUGUGCUGAACCUAAAUCUGGAGUUAAAUAUCCGUUGAAACGGUGUAAGAAUGCUGUUCAUAUCCUGAUUGCUUGACAAGUCUGUGUCCUGAGGUAAAAUGGUUCUGGAACUACAUCUACAAAACAAUAUGAGCCCUUGAACAAAUCUGUGAUUAUUUUUUGAUUAAUAAUAAUAUUAAAAUGAUGACUAGCAUAUAUUUGAGCUAGCCAUUCCCUCCACCACUCUGGUGUAUUUAAUUUGCGGUCUGUCUUGUUAUACAUAUUUUAAUAAAUAAAUACAUAUUUAAUUCUUAUA